GCUUCAUGCUGUUAUUACGGGACUAUUAUGGCCUGUUUUUAGAGUUGAGGAGGCUGCAUUUUUCUCCAGUGCCAUUGCGCUCGUGGCCAGGAUCGAGAUCAAAAUGAGGGAGAAAAAAAAAGCAAGGAUGCAGAGACGAUGGAGAACGGCGAUACAAGAUGCCGAAUCGACGAGGUCAUUGGAAAUCUUUAAUCACCGCUCGGUGAUAUUGAUGGGCUUGAAGAGACGAUGCCAAGGGGCGCUUUCUCCUUGUUCCCGGCUAGGAGUGAAGUGCCUUAGUUGCUAACAUUCAUGGCGAUGCGGUAAUUAUCUGGUGGUUUAGAGGUAUAUAAGGACGAUUCUCGCCGCCGUUUUCUCGAUAUCAAUCAUAUUCGAAUCAACAGAGUUUUGCAGUGUCAAGAUCCAUCCAGUUAUCCCGAAUCUUCAAUUUCAGCCAUGUAUUACCAACAGCUCGUUCCUGCGCUCUCUGCAGUGCUAGCUUUCUUGCCCCUAGGCAUGUCAACUCCGCAACCUUUCGGCCAUUAUGGCCCUGAAGGUGCCGUGCUAUUCCUGAAUGGCUUCCACUUCGUUUCGGGACACAGCGAUUGGGAGAUUUCCGCAAACCACUACUGCGUGAUCGUUCGCGAUGAUAUGUUGCAAUGCGCUAUCUACAAUACUGCGACCACCCCUGCACACCUGGCUGGUAUCGAGUAUAUUAUCUCGUCUGACGCUUUCGAGACGUUGGAUUAUGAAGAACGUCAACUCUGGCAUAGCCAUGUCUACGAAGUGACCAGCGGUUUCCUGACCCAACCAGGAUUACCAGCGUCUGUGGAUCAUACCAUCAUGAAGGAUGUCUUGGUUGGGACUUACGGAAAGACGUUCCACACCUGGAGAUACGACCAACAGAACUCUACAUACCCUAUUGGUAUCCCUGAGCUCGUAAUGGGUUACACCGGAGAUGACCAAAUUACCCCUGACUUCGUUACCAAGCGAGACGAAAUGUUCGGUCUCAACACUACUGAGAUCAGGGAGGCGCGCGGCGAUAUCCCACACCCUCCCGUCGUAGCCGGAGCGGAUAGUUGGAAGUACGGCUAUGUCUUGUCAUUGGGAAUAGUCAAUCAGACGACCAACACGACGUUCCCUAAUGAUGGGCAGCAAGUUGUUCUGUCAACCCAGUGUUAGUGGCAAGUUAAAAUAUUCGGGGUCUGCUUGACGCGAGUUCUGGCAUAGGUACUUAGCAAUUGACAAGU